UACUUCAUUUCCGAUUCUAUAGAUAGUACUACAACUUUCAAGUAUUAAUUUGAUUAUGUUCAAAGAAUAUAUUACUGCUUAGAAAUAGAAUAUUUUACUGAUUACGUCCGAGAAUACAAAAAUAAACCUUUUGUUGCAACAAACACCUUAAUUUGUUUCACUUUCUGCGUCAUCAUAUUAUGAAAAAUUGCGAACUGAAAGUCAACAACAUAAGCAAUGGGCUUAAAUGAUGUUGGAUAUUACCUCACCAAGGACUCUGUAAAUACUAAGUGUGAAGUCAUGGAGGUGGAGGAGACAUAUGGGGAUCCCCUGUGGCUGCACAGCAUGCUCGUGUCUCACACCCUCGCUGUCAGUGAUCUGUUGGAGGGCCGUUCCGGCGUGUGGGGCGAGCACUCGUACGCCCGACCGCGCGGGGUGGCGGCUCCCGGCGGAGUGCGCUGUCUGCUGCGCGCGCACCCGCCCGCCGCGCUCCCCGCGCCCUCCUCCGACGACCCCGUGGACGUGGAGAGCGUGCCGCCCGCGCCGCCCGCGCCCCCCACACUGCCCCCACUGCCCGCGGCCGGCACCGACACCGACUCGGAUCAGGACGGUGAGUCGGAGAGUGAGUGGGAGGAGCGCGUGGUGCAGGCGGCGCCCGGGCCGGCGCACGCGCGUCUGGCCAACGAGGCGGUGGCAAUCCUGCGCGCGCUGCGGCUGCGGCGACUGGCGGGCGCGGGCGGGCGGCGGCGCGGCGUGCGGCAGGCGGCCGCGCGUCUGCGGCGGGCCUUAGCCCCGCACUGGGCGCGGGCGACGGCGCGCUGGCUGCACGCCACGCUGACACAGCACGCGCCGGCCGCCGCGCGCCGCCGCUACGGUGCCGUGCUGGCAGCGCUGGCCCGCGCCGCGCCGCGCCUGGCCGAGCGACUGGCGCCGCGCCUGCAGCCCGCGCCCGCGCACCCGCUGAGCGCCGUCGGAGCGGCGGUGAGCGCGCGGACGGACGGCCCGUGGCUGGCGUGGGCUGGCGGCGCAGGUCGUUGGGUCCGGCGCCUGCGCGCUCUGCUGCACGUGCGGCCCCUGCUGCCCGCGGCACAGGCCACGCCCGCGCCCCGCUCGCCGCAUCGCUGGUGCGCCGACGUAGCGCACGCGGCCCGCGCGGCGCUCGACAACGUGCUCGCUGAGGCCGGCGAGCGCGGCGUAGUGGUUGGCGGCGCCGGCGGGUUCGCGUCCCUGGCCAGUUGGCUGGCGGCGGGCGCCGACUCGCGUGUGCGCGGCACCUUGCUGCUGGCCCCCGCGGCGCGCACGGCCGAGGGCGACGCGGGGGGUGCGGCGGCGGGCGCGGGGGGCCGCGUGCUGACGGUG